AUGGAGAAGUGCACAAAAUCACCGCCUACCUUGCAGGUAGAACCUUCCUUUCUUCAGGGAGAGAAUCUGAUUCUGCGGCCUCAAAUGCAGCAUUCAACCACGGAGAACACUGCUAAAAGGGGCCAAGUCAUGCCUGCCAUGGCCACCACAGUGAUGCCUGUACCGAACUCACUCGAGCAUCUCACCCAGUUUCAUGGUGACCCUGCCAAUCGCUCAGAGUUCCUCACUCAGGUGACUACCUACUUGACAUCUCUCCAGAUCUCUAAUCCUGCAAAUGAUGCCCAGAUCAAACUCUUUUUUGAUUACCUAUCUCAGCAGUUAGAAAGUUGUGGAAUCAUAUCCGGGCCUGACAAGAGUACCUUACUGAAGCAAUGUGAGAAUUGUAUUCUUGAGUUCCAGCAGUCAUUUGGUAAACCCACAAAACAGGAAAUGAACCUUCUGAUGAAUGCUAAGUUUGACAAAGGGGACAACUCCUCUCAACAGGACCCUACUACUUUCCAGCUCCUUGCUCAAAAUCUGAUCUGUAAUGAAACCAGUCAGAAUGGGCAGUUCGAAAAGGCAGUAGAUGAUCUCAACCAGGAUGAAGAGAGUGUCACUGAUAUGAUGGACAAUCUACCAGACCUGAUCACUCAGUGCAUUCAGUUGGACAAGAAACACAGUGACAGGCCAGAGCUCCUACAGUCAGAGACCCAGCUCCCAUUGUUGGCUUCCUUGAUCCAGCACCAAGCCCUCUUUAGCCCCACAGAUCCACCACCCAAGAAAGGGCCUAUACAACUGCGAGAAGGCCAGCUGCCUCUCACCCCAGCCAAACGAGCCCGCCAGCAAGAAACUCAGUUGUGCCUCUACUGCAGCCAAUCUGGUCACUUCACAAGAGAUUGCCUUGCCAAACGUUCUCGAGCUCCAGCAAUGACAAAUAACACAGCUCACCAGUAA